ACGGCGGCGCAGGGGCUGGCGACGCGCUGGGCGGCGAGAGCCUCAUGGCGGAAGAAGAGAGCGAUCAAGAGGCCGAACGCCUCGGAGAAGAACUCGUGGCCAUUGUGGAGGCGCCGCCGCCGGCUGCUCCGGGCGGCUUCGCGAGUGCGGGCGGCGGCGCCGGGGGCAGCAGCGGCAGCAGCUGCGUUGCCGCCGGCGGCGGCGGCGUCGGGAUCAGCAGCCGGGAUUACUGCCGACGCUUCUGUCAGGUGGUUGAAGAUUAUGCUGGAAGAUGGCAGGUCCCUUUGCCACAACUUCAGGUUCUUCAGACUGCACUUUGCUGUUUUACAACAGCCAGUGCAUCAUUCCCGGAUGACUGUGAGCAUGUACAGUAUGUUUUGAGUAGCCUUGCUUUGAGUUUCUUCGAGUUGCUGCUGUUCUUUGGAAGAGAUGAGUUUUAUGAAGAGCCCUUAAAGGAUAUUCUUGGAUCAUUCCAGGAAUGCCAGAAUCACCUCCGCAGAUAUGGAAAUGUGAAUCUGGAACUGGUGACUCGAAUCAUUAGAGAUGGUGGCCCAUGGGAAGAUCCAGUGUUGCAAGCUGUUCUUAAAGCCCAACCAGCAUCUCAGGAGAUAGUGAAUAAGUAUUUAAGUUCUGAAAAUCCGCUCUUCUUUGAACUGCGUGCCAGAUACCUAAUUGCUUGUGAACGAAUACCUGAAGCAAUGGCUCUUAUUAAGUCUUGUAUAAAUCAUCCAGAAAUGAGUAAAGACUUAUACUUCCAUCAAGCACUCUUCACAUGCUUGUUUAUGUCUCCUGUGGAAGAUCAGCUAUUUCGAGAGCACUUAUUGAAAACUGACUGUAAAAGUGGAAUUGAUAUCAUCUGUAACACUGAAAAAGAAGGCAAGACUGUGUUAGCUUUGCAGCUCUGUGAGUCCUUUCUCAUUCCACAGCUCCAAAAUGGGGAAAUGUACUGCAUCUGGGAGUUGAUUUUCAUAUGGAGUAAACUUCAGCUUAAGUCUAAUCCUUCAAAACAAGUUUUUGUAGAUCAAUGCUACCAGCUUUUAAGAACAGCAACUAAUGUGAGAGUCAUAUUUCCUUUCAUGAAAAUCAUUAAAGAUGAGGUUGAAGAAGAAGGCUUGCAAAUUUGUGUUGAAAUUUGUGGUUGUGCUUUACAACUAGAUCUUCAUGAUGAUCCCAAAACUAAAUGUCUAAUUUAUAAGACAAUUGCACAUUUUUUGCCAAAUGAUUUGGAGAUUCUCAGGAUUUGUGCACUCUCAAUAUUUUUCCUUGAGCGUUCCUUGGAAGCUUACCAUACUGUUGAAGAGCUUUAUAAGCAUCCAGAUGAAGAAUAUAAUGAAGGCACAAGUAGUGUUCAAAAUCGUGUUCGUUUUGAAUUACUUCCAAUUUUAAAAAAGGGAUUAUUUUUUGAUCCUGAAUUCUGGAACUUUGUAAUGAUUAAGAAAAACUGUGUAGCAUUACUGAGGGAUAAAUCAGCAGUUAGAUAUCUAAAUGAAAAUACACUGGAAAAUUCAACAAAUAAUCUUAAAAAAACAACGAGACAGCAAGGUUUAGAUGAAGAAUUUGAUUCUCUUACAGGCCAUAUCACUGCAAACAUUGAUUUUGAUCUGAUAUCUGGAAUUCAGGCUAAAGAUCAUAAUAAUACAAAGAAAAACCUUGCAAGUCUUAAUGCUUCUAAAGUUGAUCACAGUGUCCCAAAGCAUCGGUGUAUGUUAUGUAAUAAGGAAUUUCUAGGUGGUCACAUUGUAAGGCAUGCUCAGGCUCAUCAAAAAAAGGGCAGUUUUUCAUGUGUAAUAUGUGGUAGGAAAUUUAGAAACAGAGGGCUUAUGCAGAAACAUUUGAAGAAUCAUGUUAAGAAAAUACAGAGACAGCAGAUUGCUGCUGCUCAACAGGAAGAAAGCCCUCAUUUUGAAGAAAUAAAUUAUUCCAAUUCAUUCAUUUCAUUUGAAAAUGGGAACACUGAUAAAAAAGAUUUGGAAGUAGAAAUCAUUACUGUUUCCAAUGAGAGAAACAAAGAAGUCAUCUCUCCACACAUGACUGAAUUCAUUGAAAUUCCUUUAAGUGUAUCGGAAGAUGUCUUGGAAAAUGUCAUUGAAAAUGGUAGUCCUCACACUUCUUUAAAUGAUGCUUCAGAACCCUUACCUGUAUAUGAGGAUGACUAUGAGGAUGAAGAGGAUGAAGAGGGUGAUUAUGAAGAGGAUGAUUAUGAUCUAAAUCAAGGAACAUCAGUACUUCAUAAAAUCAAUGGAACUGUAUGCCAUCCAAAAGAUAUAUAUGCCACAGAUCAAGAAGGAAACUUUAAGUGCCCUGCUCUUGGGUGUGUCAGGAUAUUUAAAAAAAUUGGAUUUUUAAAUAAACACGCAAGGACUGUACAUCCAACUGAUUUAAAUGUACGGCAAACAGUUAUGAAGUGGAGCAAAGGAAAAUGCAAAUUUUGUCAAAGACAAUUUGAGGAUUCUCAACACUUUAUAGAUCACCUUAAUAGACACAGCUAUCCAAAUGUGUACUUUUGUUUGCAUUUUAAUUGCAAUGAAUCUUUUAAGCUACCGUUUCAGCUUGCUCAGCACAUCAAAAGUCACAGGAUAUUUCAAGCGCAGUGUAGUUUUCCAGAAUGCCAUGAGAUUUUUGAAGAUCUUCCUCUACUAUAUGAACAUGAAGCACAGCACUACCUAAGUAAGACACCAGAAUCAUCUGCACAACCAAGUGAAGCGAUUUGGAAUGCUACAGACUCAAGUCAUGAUCAUCAGGAAAAAGACUCAUCUAGUAACGAGAAACAAGUUAUUAGUCUGCCAGCUUCUACUAGCAAAUCAAGGAAAGAUUUUACAGAACCAAAGACAUGUACAGAAAGUAUGGAAAAGACAACAGACAAUUUAGUUCAGAAUGGAAAUGAUCAUUCUGAUAGCACUGUUUCUGAUGUAAGCUUGAUAGACCAAAAGAUGCCUGACACAGAGCCAAAUUCUAAAGAUAACUGUAGUGUUAGUGAUUUAGUAAAUGGACACGGAGGAAUUGAACAGACACCUUUAGUGUCAUCAGAUGCUGCUUUGAAACUUGUUACAAAUAGAAUCAGGACAGAAAAUGGAUCCAUUUUACCCAGUGUUGUACCACAAGAACACAGUAUCCUGCCAGUAUCUCAAUCUCAGGCACCUUCCAAACCAAAUCUAACAAGUGAACACACUUCAUAUGGCUUAAUUUUAACAAAGCCAUAUGUCAGACCAUUGCCUCCCAGUUACCUUGAUGAACGGUACCUCAGCAUGCCAAAACGCAGAAAAAUUUUGUCUGAUAGAGUAGAUGCCUGCUCUGAUCAAGAUAAUGUUUGUAAAAAAUCAGCGAAAAGAUUAAGAUGUGGCAAAUGCCUGACCACCUACUGUAAUGCAGAAGCACUUGAGGCUCACCUUGCACAGAAGAAAUGUCAGACACUCUUUGGAUUUGAUUCAGAUGAUGAAAGUGCCUGAUAAAUAUGUUUCAGAGAGAUCUGUCAAUCAAGAAGUAGUGUGGGAAAAGCACUACAAGAAGUACAUCAUCAGUUUCUAUUCCCCUGAUGGCCUUAAUUUUAGAGUGGUCUUGGAUUACUAAAGAUAAGCUGAAGCACAUUUUCUAGACUGAAUUCAGAGAGAUGUGCUGGUAUAGACUCAAAGGAUUAUCACAGAACUCCCAAAGUACCAGUUAUCCAGAAAACCACAUUUUAAAAUAGGUGAUGGUGAUGAAUAAUAGCAGCAUGUUCGAUUUUACUUAUGUGAAAAACACAUCAGGCAAGUAGUAAAAAAGAAAAACCAGUUAUGGCCUUACAGAAAGAGAAAAUUUACCCAUUAUAAAGGGGAUGGGGAGAUUGGUUUACAAUAAACUACUUUGAAGUAUUCUGAAAAUGGGAUAUGUUUCCUUAUCAUGCAUAACCAGUGUAUGUCCUCCUGAUUUAAGAAACCAUUACUAUUAUUAUUUUACUAUAAUUUAGAAACUAAUGCAUAGAAAUAAAACUUGAUUUUAAAACAUUUUAUCCACAAAAGAUUGUAACUUGUUUCCAGAUAAUUGAUUAGAAAGGUCAAAGUCCAAUGAAUGGCAUGCUAGCAUUAAAACUGAAAAAACAAAACACCAUAAUAGCAGUGUUUAAAAAUAAGCUUUUGAAAGAAUCUUCCACUUUCAGUUUGUGUUAUAAAGAGUUCUGUUUUAAAGACCGCAGUAUCAGUGUCAAUUAGGCAGAACAAGUACUCUCAGUAAUUUGUGAGAGAAAUGGGAGGGAUCCAAGACCAUUAAAGGCUCUCUAGUUGAAGGUAAACACUGAAUUGCAAAUUCCUCAAUGUGAAUAAUGGUAUAAGCACACUGGGAUAUUUCUAUUUGUAUAUAGAGUAGUGUUAGGACAUUGCUUGAUGAUUCAUGGUAAAGUCCUUUAGACACUAACAUGAGUUAUCUAACUAAAUACAGUCCUAUUAAAAUAUCUGGCUGUAUAGAACUUGCCAGCUAAGAGUCAGGUCAAGAAUUCAUUGGUUUUAUUCAAUAAAGAGAGUUAAUUCUAAAGCCAUACUACUCAUGCUUUUAAUUUAUUAAUGGUAAAUUUGGUCUUAAUAGUAAUUUUUAUAUGUAAAAGGAAAUAUUUACUCAAUUUGCACAGCAAGAACACAGUAAGAUAUAUCAGUGCAUUUAUUUUCCUUGAUCAGUAGUUUUCUUAAGGAAUAUUUUAACUUAGUAAUCAAUAAAUUAUUAAAAUGUUUUUUUAAACUUCAUAUUUGCUACAUGUCCAUUCUCUAAAAGAGGAAGUUCAUAGAGCC